AAGAUACUCUCAACCUUGUAGCCUUGCGCCAAAGCACUCACCCGUCCCGAACUUCGCUUUUUCUCUUCCCACGCACACUCACCAGACACAUUUUCUUCUCAUCGGAACAUUUGAAGCAAACGGCCAACGGCCGACGGAUCAACCACCGCCGAGACAUCAGCACCAUGACCUCCUCAGCAACUCUUGAGUGGUUCAUCGAACAGGGCGACGCUGUCAGAUGGUCGACGCAGCCGUUCGCCGCCACAAUAAGUGGCAUGAUCGAGACAGGCCUGCACGAAUGGGGCUUUGUCAUCUACCGCUGCGCCUACGGCGACAACGAAGAGUGGAAGCGGUUCAUGAAGUACUUUGAGGACGACUUCAUGCGCGGCCUGGAGACUUUCGGCGGCGACGCAGUGCUGCCGCAGUAUGCCAAGUGGACAGUCAUCGAGGACAAGGAGGCCCUUGACAACGCCUCCAUCGACACGGUCCGGGCAAAGUUUGUGGAAUGGCGCGACACGCACAAUGUGGCACGCCAGCAGCACUGGGUCAAGAAGGUCAUGCCGCUGCCCACAGACGCGCCCAACCGCCUCCCGCGGUUCACAUACUGCAUCUACGUCGACCAAAAGUGCCUCAACACGCUCCCGGCCUUUGCAGAGAACUUCCCGCCGGCCCAUCGCUACGCGCCUGUGCCUCCCCUCGUCGUGGCGCUGAUCGAUGGCGACUACGACGAGAGCCUCUAUGUCCGCGGCGGGCCACGCGCCGCGCCCGACGAGGAGGGCCAGUACCCGGAGGUCGACGGGCACACCUGCAAGUACGUGGGCUGGCAGUACGUGCAGGUGAAGUAUCUGUCGACUCAUUACGACAAGCUGGACUCGCGCCUGUUGGAUGGGCCGGAGUAUAGGCGGCCGCCGAAGAUUGCUCCGCUGGGGUAUGACGCGGUGACGGAAAACGGGGUACUCAAGAACGCAUAGUCAUUAUCAUUGAUUAAUUAUUGUAUCUAUCUAUUAGAACAAAUGAUAGGUUAUCGUGGGUUACAUGCUUGCGGGCCGUCUAGGUUUUAUAACUACAUCUUGAUGUCCGACGAGUAUUAGAAUGGUACUUGAGAGCAGUCCCUCUAGACUGAACUGAA